CGUUGUCAGGGGAGGUAAUUCAUUUUAACUGGCUAUAGCUGAAAAACGAGAUGGCAGUUAUCGAUGGUAAAUGGUUUAGAGAAGAAAAUGACCAGUGGGCUGGCUAUAGUGCUAGUUUGGAAAUAGAAGAAAUUUUGUACAAAGAAAGAUCUAAAUAUCAAGAAAUAUUUGUCUUCAAAAGUAAAAGUUUUGGAAAUGUGCUGGUACUAGAUGGUGUGAUACAAAUAACAGAAAGAGAUGAGUUUGCAUACCAAGAAAUGAUAGCACAUCUGCCAUUGAGCUGUCAUCCAAAUCCACAAAAGGUACUUAUUGUUGGCGGAGGGGAUGGAGGAGUAGUGAGAGAAGUUUUAAAGUAUCCGUCUGUACAGAAGGUGGUUUUAUGUGAGAUUGAUGAGAAAGUAGUAGAGGUUAGUAAGAAAUAUUUACCACAUAUAGCACAAAGUUUUGAUAACCCCAGAAUGGAAUUAUUUAUUGGAGAUGGGAUACAGUACAUGAAAGAUCACAAAAAUGAGUUUGAUGUCAUAAUAACAGAUGCACCUGACCCAAUAGGGCCUGCAGUAGGACUUUAUGAAGAAGAUUACUAUUAUAACAUGAAAAAUGCCUUAAAUCCAAAUUUUGGUAUUAUUUGCUGCCAAGCUGAAAACUUGUAUUUAGAUCUACCAUUCAUUGAAAAGUUAAUGAAAGUAUCAAGGAAGGUAUUUCCAAAAGCUGAUUAUGGAUUAACACUCGUACCAACAUAUACAGGUGGCCAUAUUGGAUUCAUUCUUUGUAGCAGCAAUCCUGAUACAUGUUUUAGGGAGCCCUUAAUGACUUAUACAGAUGCUGAAAUAAAAGAAAGGAAUUUAAAGUAUUAUAACACUGAAGUCCAUAGGGCAUGUUUUACCCUUCCCCAGUUUGCAAAAGAGAAGCUGUUCCCUGAUGGAGAAUCUCAGCAACAAAGCACUGUUAAAUGAAAAGAGAUUUAUGUAAAACCAUAGUGUUAGUCCCAAGUUUUUUUUUUAUCAAUUUACACUGGACGUGGUUGAUAUCCACACUGUUGAAGUGGGCGAUUGCUUGCAAUCUUAUUUGCACUGGACUAUAUAAUGAUCAUCUAUACUCAGUGGUCUUUUGAAAUGUAAUCAAAAACUACCUUUUAGCACAUAAUCAAACAACCAAUCAGAGCGAAUUUUUCAGAUGGGCAAAUUAACUAAAAGUGGCCAUAAUUAUCACUAUGGUAAAAUGUUUCAAAAUUAUAUCUGAUCUUCCUGUGAAUCAACCAAUACUGUUAUUGUUAAUAUUAAUAGCAUAUACAGAUAUCAGGUUGGAAGCCAUGUACACUUUUCUGAAAUACCUAUUUAGUAUAAAGAUAAGAUAUGCUUGUGAAUGAGUCAAACUAUUCAAGGUCAAGUAAGUGAAUGUAAGCAAUUACAGGUCACUGCAAAGCCUUCAACAAUGAGAUAUCAAAUUAUGAUACAAUCUUACUUAUUGUAACAACUUUUUUCAUUGGCCUGAAUUAACCAUCAAAUCACCAUUGACAUGCCUUGGUGGCCAUUUUGAAAUGUUCAUUGAAAACAAUAUAAACGAAAAUAAAUCAUAGAAUACCUCAAAAACGCUGUUUCAAUUGGAAUAUAUCUAAAUCUAAAGCAUACUCAUAACCAAAUAACCUUUGGUUUGAAUGUUUUCUUUAUAUGAUGUCAUGUUUUGCCAUAAUGUUUUACAAGCGAAAAUCAUGCAUAAAGUUUAAAGUCUAGGAAUUUAAUUUUUUAAAUUUCACCAAGCUCUAAUGUACAUUUUUAUACGACCGCAAAUUUUGAAAAAAUUUUCGUCGUAUAUUGCUAUCACGUUGGCGUCGUCGUCGUCGUCGUCCGAAUACUUUUAGUUUUCGCACUCACUUUAGUAAAAGUGAAUAGAAAUCUAUGAAAUUUUAACACAAGGUUUAUGACCAUAAAAGGAAGGCUGGUAUUGAUUUUGGGAGUUUUGGUCCCAACAUUUUAGGAAUUAAGGGCCAAAAAGGGCCCAAAUAAGCAUUUUCUUGGUUUUCGCACUAUAACUUUAGUUUAAGUUAAUAGAAAUGUAUGAAAUUUUGACACAAGGUUUAUGACCACAAAAGAAAGGUUGGGAUUGAUUUUGGGAGUUUUGGUUUCAACAGUUUAGGAAUUAGGGGCCAAAAAAGGGCCCAAAUAAGCAUUAUUCUUGGUUUUCGCACAAUAACUUUAGUUAAAGUAAAUAGAAAUCAAUGAAAUUUAAACACAAUGUUUAUGACCACAAAAGGAAGGUUGGUAUUGAUUUUGGGAGUUUCGGUCCGAACAGUUUAGGAAUUGGGGGCCAAAAAGGGACCAAAAUAAGCAUUUUUCUUGGUUUUCGCACCAUAGCGUUAGUAUAAGUAAAUAGAAAUCUAUGAAAUUUAAACACAAGGUUUAUAACUAUAAAAGGAAGGUUGGUAUUGAUUUUGGGAGUUUUGGUCCCAACAGUUAAGGAAAAAGGGGCCCAAAGGGUCCAAAAUUAAAUUUUGUUUGAUUUCAUCAAAAUUGAAUAAUUGGGGUUCUUUAAUAUGCCGAAUCUAACUGUGUAUGUAGAUUCUUAAUUUUUGGUCCCGUUUUCAAAUUGGUCUACAUUAAGGUCCAAAGGGUCCAAAAUUAAACUUAGUUUGAUUUUAACAAAAAUUGAUACCUUUGGGUUCUUUGAUAUGCUGAAUCUAAAAAUGUACUUAGAUUUUUGAUUAUUGGCCCAGUUUUCAAGUUGGCCCAAAUCGAGGUCCAAAAUUAAACAUUGUUUGAUUUCAUCAAAAAUUGAAUAAUUGGGGUUCUUUGAUAUGCCAAAUCUAACUGUGUAUGUAGAUUCUUAAUUUUUGGUCCAGUUUUAAAAUUGGUCUAAAUUAAAGUGCAAAGGGUCCAAAAUUAAACUAAGUUUGAUUUUAACAAAAAUUAAAUUCUUGGGCCUCUUUGAUAUGCUGAAUCUAAACAUGUACUUAGAUUUUUGAUUAUGGGCCCAGUUUUCAAGUUGGUCCAAAUCAGGAUCUAAAACUAUAAUAUUAAGUAUUGUGCAAUAGCAAGUCUUUUCAAUUGCACAGUAUUGUGCAAUGGCAAGAAAUAUCUAAUUUCACAAUAUUGUGAAAUAGCAAAUUUUAUUUUAAUUAAGAGUUAUCUUUCUUUGUCCAGUAUAGUAAGCAAGAAAUAUCUGCAAGAAUUUUUUUUAAUUGGAGUUAUCUUUCUUUGUCCAGAAUCAACUUAAAUCUUUGUUAUAUACAAUAUACAAUGUAUAUUCACUUUUUACUACCAACUGAUAAAUUUAAAUAAUAUUUACCAUUCAGUGAUAACAAGCAGUUUUUUUACAUCUUAAUAUUUUAUGAUGUAUUUAAAUGAGUAGUAAUUGUUGCAAACUCCAUUAGAAUAUUUUAAUUGAAAUUAGUUUUGGAAUAAGGGAAAGGGGGAUGUGAUUAAAAAAUUGGGUUCAAUUUUUCUCAUUUGAAAUUUCAUAAAUAAAAAGAAAAUUUCUUCAAACAUUUUUUUGAGAGGAUUAAUAUUCAACAGCAUAGUGAAUUGCUCUAAGAGAAAACAAAAAUUUUAAGUUCAUUUGAAUACAUUCAUUCUGUGUCAGAAACCUCUGCUGUGUCAACUAUUUAAUCACAAUCCAAAUUUAGAGCGGAAUCCAGCUUGAAUGUUGUGUCCAUACUUGCCCCAACUGUUCAGGGUUCAACCUCUGCGGUCGUAUAAAGCUACGCCCUGCGGAGCAUCUGGUUCUCUUUGUGGUGCAUUAGAAAAGGAAUGACAGUACUGCAGUUUAAGUUUUGCCGUCGUCAAUUUUGAUUUUACUGUCGCCUCAACAUGUGGUCAGUUAACCAUCAAAUCACAAAUUACAACACAAACUCUUCAACUACAGGUCUGUUAUUCCUUAAAUUUAGGAUGCCAUAAAUCAAUAAAAUUGCCUGAAAUUAAAAAUUUAAAAAAAAAUCUGGAUUACCUUAUAUGAAUGAAAUUUGUGUGGAUAAAUUAAGAAGCUCUAUUUUGACAAUUUCUCUGAAGUGCAUCCUUUUGCAUGGAAAAAUGAAAAUAAAAACGAAUACUGUUCUUUUUUUAUUUUUAACUAAUACAUUUAUUUUUUUAGUAAUAAUGUGUACUUACAUGUAAUAAAACUAUAAAAAGUGUA